GGCGCCCCCUGCAGGCGGGGCGGGAGCGCGGGGCGGCGGCAGGCGGGACCCCACACACCCCCACCCCCACCUCCUUCCCACCCCGGGGCGGCCUCGGCGGGCUGGGGAGGGGGGCGGCCGGGCCGGGAAGCCCCCCCUGGCCCCCAGCCGUGCCGUGCCUCCGCGGGUUGGGAGCUCCCCGCCGGUGAGGGCCCCUCGGGGGGCCGCCCCUCCUCAGGCCGCGGCGGGCCUUGCCCGGGCACCGGAGGCCGCGGCGGGCGAGGGGGGAGGGGGCUGCUCCCGCGGGUAUGGCGGCGGUUCGUACCGGGCCCGGCGGCCGGUGAAGCCGCGCCCCCCCACCCCCCGGCUCCGGUAGCACAGGGGCUCGGCUCGGUGCGCGGGGGGGGUGCUGCGAGACGGCUGCUGCUGUGGCCGCCGCUGGCGUUGUCACCGGGGCUGCGGGGGGGUCACGGCGCCGGGCUGUGCCGCCUUACCCCGGCACUGCGCUGGCCACCGACCCCAGCGGGCCACCCCGGCGUGGGACUAGCGGUCUCGCCGCACGCACUCACUGAAAACUACAGGUUUGCGAAGAGAAACUACAGCAGGAAUUUUUUUUCAAUAGAAGGAAACCAAAUUCGCAUUAUUUCCCAAUUUUUCUAGCUUGAGCCUCAGCUGAGGCUUUCCCUGCCACCCUGCUCUGCGUCAGGGAACUGCCUUGGGAGGGACUGAUGCGCGAGAACAAGGGGCUGUUAAGGAAACUUCCUUUAAGGCACGGCCGAGUGCGAGAUAAAGAUAAAAAGUGCAGCAGUAAAACUAAUUUCACACGACUAAGGCGCAUGCUGCUGUUCUGAUAACAGGGGGUUACAUGAAAAGAAUGUCAUACAAAUCAUCUUUAUAAAAACCUGACUUAAACCUAAACAAAAUCCCUUCCACCAUUGUUCUUUAAUGAAAAUACUUGGUUUAAAGGUAGCUUUUUACAUAACUCAGCAUCUGGUGUCUGUGCUGCUCCCUCAUCCCUCCCUAAGCAAGUCUUCUGAUAUAUUUCCAAGGAAAAUAAGAAUAAUGGAUCUGGUAUCCUGUGUUUCAUUUUUAAAAACCGUUUUAACAUACAGACUUUUCAUCCCUCAGAAGAAGGUUUCUGCUCUACAUGGCAGCGCCCAGGCUUCUGCUUACCCAGCUGAGAUAUACGCUAAGAAUAAAAGGGGAGCACAUUCAGCACACACGGCAGCAAGCGUCUGGAGUGUCCCUGCUCCCUGGGUGCUGGGGAUGUGAUACUCACUGUGCCACCAUCGAGCCAAGCAUCAGACCCCAGCUUGGUACUUGGAGGUUCUGCUACACCACUGAAUACCUGCCUGAAAUACGGGCUUUAAAGGACUGUGAACUGCAGCUGAUAAUUUAUUUUUUUUUUCUUUUCUAUAUGAACAUAAAGAACUUUUCUUCGUUGCAGUUGUCAUCUUCCACUUGAGCAAAUGGGAAACUGAAAUACACUGAACCUUUCUGUCUGAAACGUUCCCGAGGAUGAAGCAGGCAAACCCAGCAGGGAAGCGAGAAUGCUGCACACAUGCAGCCAUUAUUCAGAAAAAGCUGUCUGUUCACAUCCUUCUGUGACUGUCUCUUCAUUUUAAAGACUAACUACUUCAUUCUCCUCCUCUCCCCCUAGAAGAAAUGUUUUCUUCCCCACUUCUUUUAAUGGCUAAGCAAUGCAAUAGCAAAGGUAUUGAAAGCCAGUCUACUGAAUAAUAACUUAAUGAUGUAGCCCUGUGCUGUUCCUUUUGAAUGGAUGGCUGCUUUAGCAAGAGAGCUGCUGGGAUCUGCUCCCUGCUGUGAGGGAUGCGAGGAUGGAGGAACCUGGAUUGAAGCUGAACAGCAACCAGAGUGGUAGAAGACAGAACCAGAAUACAAGAAUGAGAAUAGGAGCACCUUGGAAUAGAUGCGAGUACAAGACGCACCAGCUAGAGCUGCCUUGGAAAGCCAUGGCUGCUGCCCCUCAUCUCAACUCAGAUGCACUGCGAGAGGUCCUGGAGUGCCCCAUUUGCAUGGAGUCCUUCACUGAGGAGCACCUGAGACCCAAGCUUUUACACUGUGGGCACACCAUCUGCAAACAGUGCUUGGAGAAACUCCUAGCAAACAGCAUUAAUGGGAUACGAUGCCCCUUUUGCAGCAAAAUCACGCGGAUCACAAGCUUAGCUCAGCUGACUGACAAUCUUACUGUGCUGAAGAUCAUAGACACCGCCGGACUGGGGGAGGUGGUGGGUCUGCUCAUGUGUAAGGUCUGUGGGAGAAGGUUGCCAAGACACUUUUGCAAGAGCUGUAGCUUGGUUUUAUGUGAGCCGUGCAAGGAGACAUCACACGUGCCCCAAGGGCAUAGAGUCAUUGCUAUCAAAGAGGCUGCUGAGGAGCGUAGGAGGGAAUUUGGUACGAGGCUUGCCAGACUUCGGGAGCUCAUGGAUGAUCUGCAGAAAAGAAAAGCAUCUCUGGAGGGUGUUUCAAGAGACCUGCAGUCUAGAUACAAAGCAGUUCUGCAAGAUUACAGCAAAGAAGAGCGCAAAAUCCAGGAAGAACUGGCCAGGUCACGCAAGUUCUUCACCACCUCUUUGUCUGAAGUGGAGAAGGUAAAUAAUCAGGUAAUGGAGGAGCAAGCUUACCUGCUGAACUUAGCAGAAGUGCAGAUAAUGUCUCGCUGUGACUAUUUCCUUGCCAAAAUAAAGCAGGGAGAUAUAGCUCUCUUGGAGGAGGCAGCAGACGAGGAAGAACCAGAACUGACAAACAGUCUCCCAAGGGAGCUGACCCUUCAGGAAGUUGAACUCCUUAAGGUGAGCCACGUGGGACCACUGCAGAUCGGGCAGGUGGUGAAGAAACCCCGGACCGUUAACAUGGAGGAAUCACUUAUGGAAACUGCAGCAUCCUCAUCGGCAUCAUUUAGGGAGCCUGACUUGGUGCAAGAAGAGGCCAGCUGCACACCGAAUUCCUCACCAGCCAAGCCAAGGAUGCCUGAAGCAGCCACGAGCAUCCAGCAGUGUCACUUCAUCAAGAAGAUGGGCUCCAAGGGCAGCCUGCCAGGGAUGUUUAAUCUUCCCGUCAGCCUGCACGUCACCCUGCAAGGUGAGGUACUUGUGGCAGACAGAGGCAAUUUCCGAAUCCAGGUUUUUACCCGCAAGGGCUUUCUGAAGGAGAUUCGCCGGAGCCCUAGUGGAAUCGAUAGCUUUGUAUUGAGUUUCCUUGGAGCAGACUUGCCCAAUUUGACUCCCCUUUCUGUCACCAUGAACUGCCAUGGCCUGAUAGGUGUGACUGACAGCUACGAUAACUCUGUCAAGGUCUACACCAUGGAUGGCCAUUGCGUGGCCUGUCACCGCAGCCAGCUAAGCAAGCCCUGGGGCAUCGCUGCCCUGCCUUCUGGGCAGUUUGUAGUGACCGACGUGGAAGGGGGGAAACUCUGGUGUUUCACAGUUGACCGCGGCGUGGGGGUAGUCAAGUACAGUUGCUUAUGUAGUGCAGUGCGCCCAAAGUUUGUCACCUGUGAUGCUGAAGGGACAAUAUACUUUACUCAGGGGCUGGGGCUUAACUUGGAAAACCGGCAGUACGAACACCACUUAGAAGGAGGCUUUUCAAUUGGCUCUGUUGGCCCAGAUGGGCAGCUGGGACGCCAGAUUAGCCACUUCUUCUCUGAGAAUGAGGAUUUCAGGUGCAUUGCUGGGAUGUGUGUUGAUGCCAGGGGUGACCUCAUUGUUGCUGACAGCAGCCGUAAAGAAAUCCUGCAUUUUCCUAAAGGGGGUGGCUAUAAUAUCUUAAUCCGGGAAGGACUCACCUGCCCAGUCGGUAUCGCCAUUACUCCCAAAGGGCAGCUGCUGGUGCUGGACUGUUGGGAUCAUUGCAUUAAGAUCUACAGUUACCAUCUGAGAAGAUAUUCCACUCCUUAAAGGCAUGUCUCUAAGCAAAACCUCUUUUGGCAGCAGAGAUUCUUCCAGCCGCGUUGCAAUCUGAUGGGAACCGGCGUCAAGUAUUCGGAAAGAUUGUGCCAUAACCGAACCGUCAUGUUUUGUGUUUAGAAACAAAAUAGAUUAUGUGGUGGUGGUCUGCUUAUUCUUUUUCUUUUUUUAUAUAAAAUCCAUACAAUAAAAAAGAACAAGCAUGAGGGAAAGGA